CUUUACUGCAAUAUUAUCAAUAUACGGUGUCACAGUUCUUCCUUCUAGUCCUAGAAUCUUUGGCCUCCAAACUCACAGUCCUCCACCUGGCUCAGGUGGGAGUUGAACCUCAUCCUUAGUAUCUGUGGUUACUACGUCUGUAGUUCUGCAAGACACUGGUACUGCUCUUAUCCAGCCCUCUAAGAUGAUAAACAGAAAGAUCUCACGACCUGGUCAACACUGAGAUCCGAUAUUGGAUGCGGGCCAAGGACCCCAUCCAACAAAGGGGUCCUCAGGCUCAGCUCGCGGCACUAGCAUACAUGUCUGAUGCAUAUUUUAUUGGUGUUGCAGUUCAAGUAUACAACAUGCCAGGUCAAAUGGUUGGGACCAAAAUGGCCAUGGUAGCUAGUUUGAAUCAUACAGUUUACUUCCACCAGCCUGAAGUGGUGCAGGCGGAUAAGGGGAUGUGUUCUGAAAGAGAGAGCCCAUGGGCUGGUAAUGAUCGUGCACUGGUGGUCCAGAAGAUUUGGUCUCCUGAGGGAUCUUGGUGGCCACAUGUGUUCAAGAGGGGGUUUUACGUGUCCAAGUGCCCUCUAAGAAGGUGAAACUGAAACUUCCGCCUACAGAUGACAGAGUGAUAGGCGACAUCGUCAAUUCUAGUCCCAGAGAAUUAGGUCUUGCUUUUGCUAUACAUACCACAUUUUC